AUGAACACAACUCUGAACACGAAGCGUGAUGUGCGUGAACAUGCGAAGGUGACUCUUGAGCCCUUACUAGAGGACGACACAAUUGACGCCGAAGAUCUCAAGCUACUGGUGAAGUCCGUAACAGACGCGAUCGCCCUGCCCACCACUCCCUCACACGUGCAGCACCAGACCCUAGAGCAGCUCCUGAGGAAACUAGAAGCGGUGGGUGCGGGUGCGGAUGUGUUACAGCGCAUUCGGGCGCGCCUGCCCUCUCCUCCUGAGGAGGCGCAAACGCCCCCAAAGGCAGGGGGAGGGUCCUGCGACGCCCAGCCAAGGCCUGCGCUCUUCGACCUCGGCGCGUUGAAAGCGCACAUGUCUAAAAAGCGCGAGGAGCUCCAUCAGCAAAAGCAGCUGGCCGCCAAACAGCCCCCCGGCGAGGGCGAGGGGGAAGGCGGGAUCGACCACACGGAAGGGCAGGGAGGGGAGGCAUCGAAGGCGAGCAGCGGGCCGCACUCAGAGGACGUGGCGACGAUGCCCAGCCUUCUACCUGACGCCCCCGCGGACUUGGCGAGCCCCAGCGAGGGCACAGCGCGGGCCCCCCUAUCCGGAGGGGCGUCGGUGGAGGCCAGCCGGGGGGCGCGCACGGCACCGAUUUCGCUCACCGCGGCCCCCGUCGAGGAUGACCUCUAUGCAGACCUUGUCCCCCUCCCGCGGGAGCGCGCAGACUUCGACGGCGGGCACCGGGGAGUGACACGUGGCUGGCGGGGCCGCGGCGGCUGGCGAGGGGGGCUGCGACCAUCUUACGACGAAACAUUCAACCCGUUCUACCCCUCACCAGAGGGAUACGUCCCGCAGCGGGCCUCAAAAAACUGGCAAGGGUAUAAUGCCCAUGAUUAUAACUACUAUUCAUACCCUUACUAA